CACGUGCCUUUUCUUGCUUUAACGUAGCUAGCAAAUAUGGCCGCGGUCAUGCCUCGUUCGGGCGUCUGCCUGCCCACCCGCAGCGCCCGCCUGGCGUUUGCCCCCGCCCGCGUGGCCACUGCUAACCGCAAGGUCACCACCAUGGCUGCUAAGGUGACCGGCAAGAUUAAGCUGGCUCUGCCCGCUGGCAAGGCCAACCCCGCUCCUCCUGUGGGCCCCGCUCUUGGUUCCAAGGGUGUGAACAUUAUGGCCUUUUGCAAGGAGUACAACGCUCAGACCUCCAAGAUGAUUGGUGACAUUAUUCCCGUGGAGAUUACCGUCUACGAGGACCGCUCGUUCACCUUCGUCCUGAAGACCUCCCCCGCCUCCAUCCUCCUGAAGAAGGCCGCUGGCAUCGACCGUGGUGCCAGCAAGCCCAACAAGGAGAACGUGGGCCAGGUGACCCGUAAGCAGGUGGCGGAGAUUGCCGCCAAGAAGCUUGUCGACACCAACGCCACCAAGGUGGAGUCCGUCGUCCGCAUGAUUGAGGGCACGGCCAAGAACAUGGGCAUCAAGAUCGUGGACUAAACGCCCACAGACUGCCUCCUUGCCAUCUGGUGUGGAGCAACGCGCAACCGCGCCCGGCAGCAGGUGCUCGUGUGCCGGUUGCGGCGAAGCAGCAGCGGCGGGCAUGAUGCGUCAGCGGCGGAGCUGCGCUGGUUCUUAACUUCAGGGCGGGCGCAGCCGGCUUCGGCUGAUGUUUUGCGGCGGCAGCGGUGGCUGCACACCCGCAGGCCAAUUUUCCCGGAGGCCUGGGCGGGGAGCGGCAGCUGCAGUGGGCUGCGGUGGAGUCUGGGUGACUGUGAGCGGCAACGUUGGAGCGUGCUGGCGCGGCGAUGACUGCAGCAGCACAGGUGGUGUUGAAGGCGAGGCGGAGCUUGGACAGCAUGCGGCGGCAGCAUUCUAUGCCGCGGCCGCGGCGCAAGCGGCCGCAUGGCGGGCAUGGGGGCUUGUGGAAUUGUUCGCGUAGAGCUUUGGAUGAGGAAGCUACGAGGAGUGGCGGCUAUGAAAAGCUGCCACUAGUACAGAUUAGAUACUCCGGACAGGGGGCAUCAGGGCGCGGCUGUUUAACACGGAAGCGGCCGCAUGGCGCUAUCGCGCUGCCGGCCAAAUGCCGCAGCUGGGUCGAGCUGGAGCAGCGACGGCAGCAGCCGCGACUUGGCGGGCCAGAGACAGUGUGUACCUGCGCCGGGGUUCGUGGCUGGGGCCGGUGUUAGGUGGUAACUGGGUGCGAGGAACAGUUGGGUCAAGCAGGCAUGAUGCGGGCCCGUGAGUCUUGCGUGGCGGGCGGGCACGGACAAAGGGAGGAGGGUUUCAGGCCGGCGCGGCGAUGCAUGCGGUUUUCUUAACAGAGUCCAUGGUCGGAGGCGGCUUGCUGCGUGCACACGCCCAGCGUGGCGGUUUUUCCCGGUGCACCGUCAAGCAGAGCGUGCCGGUAGCCGAUUCUGACGUGAGGCGGGAGGCGGACUCGCGCGUGCAAGGCCCACUUGGUUUUGGGAGAUCCGACAGGGUGUAAAAAUGCAAAUCA